CCUGGUGCCAGCCCUGCUGCAGUGUGAUCCCCGUGGCCCUGGCGAGUGCUUGUGCAGCUUGGCGUCUGCUCAGUCCAAACUUGGACCCCGUGCCCCAGUCUUGCUGGGGGAACUGGUGCUAGGUCCUCAUAACUACUGCUCGUGUUAGGUGUCACGGAGACAGUAGUCACUGUGGGGCGCUGGUAGGAAGCUGUAUCGGAUUUCUAGUGUUACGGAUUUGUGUGACAAUUAUUAACGUGCAGACUGUCGCCGGGGAUCUUGUAAACAGUAUAUGAUUGAUGAAGAUUGAUCAGUCUUCUCUCAAGACUGGUCAAGUGUUACCUGCGAGGCAGACAGGUGUGAUAAAGGUCAUUAAUAGGCCUAAGGAAGCUUGUGAUGCGGGAGACAAGUUUGUCUAGAUUACAGUGUUUCAGUUGAAGAUGCUACAGCAAUGAGCCAUAGUCUUGAAGGCCGGUCAGUUGCGGCGGUGAUCAGCGACAUCGCCACUCCAGCUAUUAAUGUUACAAGGCAUAAGCCCCAGCCUAUACAAAGUGGUGAUAGCAAAGAAAGUAAAGACUUGGGAGAUGUAUUGGCACCUUUUUCCAUUCACAAAGAAUCACAAGUGGGAGAUGCGGUGUUAUCUACCGAGGAUACAGGCUUCCUCAAAGAAGAAGUCCAAGAAAUAGAUCAAACUACCUCACAUGCACAUCAGGUAAUUAUAUCCCUGUUGGCUGGUGCAAUGGCUGGAGCUGUGGCCAAGACUAGUAUUGCACCUCUUGACAGAACCAAAAUUAAUUUCCAGGCCACCAAUCAAAGGUUUUCAGCCCGUCAUGCUCUGAGUUUUGUGUUAAUUUGUUACAAGAAAGAAGGGCUGAUAAGUUUGUGGCGUGGUAACUCGGCAACCAUGGCUCGUAUUGUUCCCUAUGCUGCAAUUCAGUUUACAGCUCAUGAACAAUUUAAGAGAGUUCUUAGAGUUGAUGAACCAAACAGAGAAACUCCAUCAUCACUGAGAUUUUUGGCGGGUUCACUAGCAGGUGUAACAUCACAGUUCCUAACUUACCCAUUAGACAUGGCAAGAGCACGCAUGGCUGUCACGCACAAGGAUACUUAUUCCUCAUUAAAACAGGUGUUUGUUAAGAUAUGGAAGAAUGAAGGACCAUUUACUCUAUAUAGAGGUUUAACUCCAACCUUACUUGGAGUUAUACCAUAUGCUGGUACAAGUUUUUGCAUUUAUGGAACUCUCAAGGAACAUCAUAAAGCUUAUUCCAAUAGAGACAAACCAAACCCAUUAGAAAGAAUGAUGUUUGGUGCUGUGGCCGGAUUAGUGGGCCAAUCCUCAUCUUACCCGUUGGAUAUUGUUCGGAGACGUAUGCAGACUGCAAAUGUUACUGGUAAUGGAAAUUCAUACAAGACUAUAAUGGGAACACUCUCUAAAGUAUACAGGGAAGAAGGACUUUAUCAUGGGCUCUAUAAAGGUCUGUCUAUGAACUGGAUUAAAGGACCAAUUGCUGUUGGCAUCAGCUUCUCCACAUUUGACACUCUUAAACUCUUCCUAGAACAAAUGAUAACAAGUAGAUAGCAGCCUCAUUUGUACACAUUGGGAAAGUAUUUUAAUUGUUAGUUAUAUUAAAUAUUUACACUGGAAUUGUGUGUGUAUAUAUAAUAUAUAUAUAAAUAUAUAUAUA